CGACGCCGCACAAGGAUGUGGUAGUCUAAAUACUUCCUUUCAGCUAAAACGUUUUCGUCAGCAUCCAUUUGUGCGAUAACUUUACGAUAUCGGAGAAAAAGCGAAACUUUUAUACCGAUAAAAAGGCUCCGUGCAUGAAUUCAUCGAUCGAAAUGCAGAGCAUCUCGAUUCCAGAUUUGAGGCCCAAUAGAUGAUAACAUAAUUGACAGCAUUUUUUCAUUUAGAAGACGACGAGGAAGAUGAAUCAUCUGACGACACGGUGAAUUCGUUUCGCAAUUUCCCGCUUUUGUUACCAAAAUAAAAUCGAAUGCUUUGGAAUGAUUACAGAGCCCUCUGACAAUUUUGCGAUGUCCUGAUUAAGAAUUCAGUGCACUUCAAUCCUGCAGUCGACCACAUAUCAAUUCGUGAAACCGCUCGAGCCAUCACAAAACAUCUCAAUCGCACGAAAAACGCCAAGCCGAAUGGAUUGAACAUGGGCCGAUUUGCCCGGAAAUUGUCGGCAUAAAUCUCAACACAUUAUCCAACAUUCUUGCUAGCUGUAAUAGAGUAAAUGGAUUGCUGCUGAUUGCAGUACACACUUUGGAGUGCUUUUCAUGGGUGAUUUUGCGUUUCGAGUGUACUACAAACCUUCGUUUCGCUGCCGCUAUCCCUGUCUUCGAUCGACACACAUCCAAAUACAUUGUUCGAUUGCUGAGCGUUCUGCUAACCGACUGGCGUGAUAAUGGCUCUUCGUUAGUUUUGAUGGAGGAAACACAAUGACCGGACGAAAUCCUGGUGCCGUCAAUCGAUUGGAAAAAGCUGCAGCAAAUAAAUCCUCCUGGUCUGUUGUCUUCCUCACCAAGUUGACCUUGUCAUUAAAUUGAUCACAAAAGAACUGAAUGAUAAACAUUUUUGAAAGUAGUGAAAGCUUUCUUGGUGCAUCUUCAAGUGCAGGUAAAUUUGAUCGUCGAGAUAAAGAGUUAGUCUCCAAAAGAUACCAAUUGAUGGCUUGCGUGCUUCAGUGGAUGCUGGACAAACAAACGUCACUGAUAACAUAUAUGAAGUCUAAACAUCCUGUUCAAGUGCCUUCCGCAGUGUGCCCGUUGCGCAAAGAAUGUAAUAUUGUCAUGAUCACACUGCAAUCUCAGGAGAAAAGAGCUGUACAGACUCUAGCUGAGGAAUCGAAUACGUAUUGAUAACUUACUCUCAAGGUUUUGGGUUCGCAAUCUAUUCCAGACACUGUCAUUACAGGACCAGGAUUACGUGAUACCAAUUUGCAAUGAAGCUUAGUCUUGCUGUUGUUCAAGCUGAGCAAAAUAAUUAUGAUGGUGCUGCAGAUAAUCUAUCUCCUCCUGUGUUGCCUACACGAUGUAAACAGGGAAAUUCAAUUCCCACGUUCUGGAUACUUAUCGUGCUCAGAUGACAAUAAUUUGAAGUGGAUAUUCAGUCAAUCAGGUUGAAAAUGAUCACAGAAGUUAGGACGAUGUGUACCAGACAAAAGAUUUUUGUGUCCAGAAAGCAAUCCUGUAACUCAACCAUACGACGAUGUUUAAUUAUGCUUGGGGUGAUAUGAAGGGACAGGUUAAGGUGCUUGGAUAUUUUGCGGGCGGAUUGGCUACACCCUUCGCUAACUCUACCUUGAUCAAGUCAGAUUUCUCAGUUUGAAAUAGAAAGACUCCAAUCGGACAGCAAGCAGCCUCUCCCUCGUCGGCAUUUUUCAAGCCAAACAAUACGAUGUCCUCUGAAAAAUCUAUUACCUUCUAAAAGAUGCCAUAUUGUGCCAUGUGCCAGAUCCCAAUAUCAGCUUGAUUAUGGGAGUUAUGGCAAAAAUCACAUCUUCUUAUGCCUGCUUUUCAGGCCUUACAUUCUCGCUCAUUCUGUGUGGCAGUGGAUUAGUAAUUUUAUAUGAAUUGGAAUUAAUCGUAGGGACGACAAAUACAGUUUCUCUUUGCUCAAAAAGAUGUUCAAUCUGAAAAUUCAUACAACGGCAUGUGAGCUGAAGUAGCAAGUUAAACACACAAACCAAGCGGAGGAUAAGACUAAAGUGAAGCACACCGCUUAUGUUACUCGAUUCUGAGUUUACGAUUGACGCAUAAGUGCAUUUAACAAUAAAGGGCGAGACCAGCUAAAUUGGUUAGUAGAGCGAGGUGGGUUGCUAGUGAUACGAUUGAAUUUUUAUAUGCUUUUAACGAUCGCAUUGCCGGCGCCACUUGGCUAGCGACUGACGAAAAAUACGAUCUCGUCAAGAGUCU